AUGGCCACCAACACUUAUCAGUGGCAAACUCCACGGGCUAGAGGUCCAAAGCCCGCUGUAUAUCGGGCUGAGGUAGAUCCUACAGCAGCCUUGGCGGCACAAGUAGAGCUACUUUCUAAAAAGAUAGAACAACUUCAUAUGCCGGUCCAAGCAGCUCAGCCUAGAUGUGAAUUCUGUCGUGGACCGCAUUACAGCGCAAAUUGUAAUGCGGGAGGUAUGUUUGCAUCUUCUAUGCCUACUAAUGUUUCUAACUUUGAGCAUGUUGAUUAUGUGGAUGAGUCGAAAAAGGAAGACAAGCCUGAGGAGAAAGGAAAGGAAGUAGUUGAAGAGAAGGAGGAUUCGAAGAAGAUCCCCCUGAGGCUAUACCAACCUCCCAUUGCAUAUCCUACAAGACUCAAGCACGAUAAAGUUGAUCAGCAAUUCGGUAAAUUUUUAGAUCUUUUUAAACAAUUGCGGAUUAACUUGCCUUUUAUUGAAGCUAUCUCGCAGAUGGCAAAGUAUGUGAAGUUUUUAAAGGAGAUUCUAACCAACAAGAGGAAGUUAGAGGAUUUGGGAUUGGUGACCUUGAAUGCAAAAUGCUCAGCAAUGUUUCAGAGCAAGAUUCCAGUCAAACGACGUGACCCAGGGAGUUUUACUAUACCUUGUUUGAUUGGGGAUAAAUUGAAAUUGCUGGCAUUAGCUGAUUUGGGAGCUAGCAUCAAUUUGAUGGCUAGCUCAUUGUUUAAGGAGUUAGGACUAAGCACUUCUAAGUUAACUCCUACUAGGAUGAGUAUACAACUAGCAGACAGAACUGUUAAGUACCCAAAAGGAAUUAUAGAGGAUGUGCUAGUUAGAGUUGACAAAUUUAUAUUUCCUGUGGAUUUUGUUGUCAUGGAUAUGAAUGGUGAGAGUGAUGUUCCAUUAAUCCUAGGUAGACCAUUUUUAGCUAUAUCUAAAGCUUUGAUAGAUAAUAGCGGAAAGCUGAAACUUAGGGUAGAUGAUGAGAGCAUUACGUUUGAUUUGACUAAAUCCUUGAGACACCCAUAUGAGCACGAUGGUACUAUGUGUUCGAUUGAUUUUGUUGAUGAUAUUGUGGAGUCUCAAUUGCAGGAAAUGUUGAUUGAUGAUCCUUUAUAA